CAGAAUGAUGGCUACAUCGGGUAUCACCUCGACCAGCGUGGUGAUCCAGAAUCAGCCGUGUACGAGACGGAGAGUACAGACACGAGCGGUGGUGUCAUUCUGCCACAAGAACCAGAUGUGUACUUGAAUGCCUCAGUACAUGUGGGCGAGAUCGACAUCGAAGUCGACAAUAUCACCGCCAAAGUCAAUCUUGACGCCAAAGUGCUGAAUCUGCUGCAUUUCACUGCCGGCGUAGAUGCAUCCAUCGACCGCGUCAAGCUGACUAUUCAAAAUGUCACUGCAAAGGUCUACCUUGAGGCGCGCCUUGAGAAUGUGGUUGCCAUGAUAGACGAUGUUCUUUCUUCGAUUGAUCUGAACCCAAUCAUUGCUACACUCGGCAAUGUGGUCUCUGGUGUCGUUACCAACGUCACGGACGAACUUGGCGGCGGGUCCAGCACAACCAGUUCUGCAGCGUCAUCCACAGGGACGGCUGCGGCAAAGCGAUCGCUCGGCUCGUUGGACUACAACAUCGCGCACAAUAUUCUUUAUUCCGUUAAUAAUUACGCCGGUGACACUCACACCAACCGCAUCCUCGGCCAAAAUGGCACUUUCUGGGAUGUGAGCUUGGAUAAUGACGGCAAUGAGACCGGCCGCCAAAACGUCGGGUAUUACAGUCGCGAUAUGACAUACACUGGCCACAACAAGACUAUUAUCUACAAGGGAGUCACAGAGUACGAGCUCGGAUAUAGGUAUGCACCUUAUCCGGGCUUGGAUAUAUACGCCCACAUUUUCAUGAACGAGGGAGGCUCUGUAUUCAAGACGAGGAUAGUGUCUGAGGCAGAAGCCGGGGGAACUAGCACAAUCAGCGAUGACACC